GAGCGAGAGUGCCAGGUCCUGGGUUUUCUGUGUCCUUCUCCCGGGCAGGGACGAGGCAGUGACUUGACUCUUGGGCGCCGAGCCCGGGAGGGAGGACAGGAGGCCGUCUUCCCUCCUAUCCAGCUCACCUCACACCACUAUUCUUCCUCACCCGCGGCCGCUUGGACGACUCCGGACCGACUACCUGGGACACGGGUGGCAGUCUCUGCAGCCGGGGCUGUGGCGAGGCCGCGGCCCUCGGGGCGGCGGUAGCGGCGUCAGCUCUGGGGAGGAAGAGGAGGGAAGAUGGCGUCGGAGCUGGAGCCCGAGGUGCAGGCCAUCGACCGGAGUUUGCUGGAAUGUUCGGCUGAGGAGACCGCAGGGAAAUGGCUGCAAGCAACUGACCUCACUAGAGAAGUGUACCAGCAUUUAGCCCACUAUGUACCCAAAAUCUACUGCAGGGGUCCCAACCCUUUUCCACAGAAGGAAGACAUGCUGGCACAGCAUCUUUUGUUGGGACCAAUGGAAUGGUACCUUUGUGGUGAAGAUCCUGCGUUUGGAUUUCCAAAACUUGAGCAAGCAAACAAACCUUCUCAUCUUUGUGGUCGUGUUUUUAAAGUAGGAGAACCUACAUACUCUUGCAGAGACUGUGCAGUUGAUCCAACUUGUGUUUUAUGCAUGGAGUGCUUUUUGGGAAGUAUUCACAGAGACCAUCGAUAUAGGAUGACAACAUCAGGAGGUGGAGGUUUCUGUGACUGUGGUGAUACUGAAGCUUGGAAAGAGGGUCCUUACUGUCAAAAACAUGAACUUAACACCUCUGAAAUUGAGGAAGAAGAGGAUCCUCUUGUACAUUUAUCAGAAGAUGUGAUAGCAAGAACCUACAACAUUUUUGCUAUUAUGUUUCGAUAUGCAGUCGAGAUACUAACCUGGGAAAAAGAAAGUGAACUGCCAGCAGAUUUAGAGAUGGUAGAGAAGAGUGAUACCUACUAUUGCAUGCUGUUUAAUGAUGAGGUGCAUACCUAUGAACAAGUUAUUUAUACCCUUCAGAAAGCUGUUAACUGUACACAGAAAGAAGCCAUUGGCUUUGCAACGACAGUAGAUCGUGAUGGACGUAGGUCUGUUCGAUAUGGAGAUUUCCAGCAUUGUGAACAAGCAAAAUCAGUAAUUGUGAGAAAUACCAGUAGACAGACAAAGCCACUCAAAGUUCAAGUUAUGCAUUCGUCUAUUGUGGCACAUCAGAAUUUUGGUUUGAAACUUUUGUCUUGGCUGGGAAGUAUUAUUGGAUAUUCAGAUGGGCUUCGCCGAAUUUUAUGUCAAGUCGGUUUACAAGAAGGGCCAGAUGGUGAAAACUCUUCUCUGGUGGAUAGAUUGAUGCUUAAUGAUUCCAAAUUGUGGAAAGGUGCUAGGAGUGUGUAUCAUCAGUUGUUCAUGAGCAGUCUGCUUAUGGAUUUGAAAUAUAAGAAACUGUUUGCUGUUCGAUUUGCAAAGAAUUACCAGCAGUUGCAGAGAGAUUUUAUGGAGGAUGAUCACGAGCGAGCAGUGUCCGUGACUGCUCUGUCUGUCCAGUUCUUCACUGCACCUACUCUGGCUCGGAUGCUCAUCACAGAGGAAAACCUAAUGACCAUUAUCAUUAAGACUUUUAUGGACCAUUUGAGACAUCGAGAUGCCCAGGGCAGAUUUCAGUUUGAACGAUAUACUGCUUUACAAGCCUUCAAGUUUAGGAGAGUUCAGAGCCUUAUUUUAGAUCUCAAGUAUGUGUUAAUUAGCAAACCAACUGAAUGGUCAGAUGAUCUGAGACAGAAGUUCCUGGAAGGAUUUGAUGCCUUUUUGGAAUUACUCAAAUGUAUGCAGGGGAUGGACCCAAUUACACGUCAAGUAGGACAGCAUAUUGAAAUGGAACCAGAGUGGGAGGCAGCCUUCACACUACAAAUGAAAUUAACACAUGUCAUUUCAAUGAUGCAAGACUGGUGUGCUUUAGACGAAAAAGUGUUAAUUGAAGCUUACAAGAAAUGCCUUGCUGUAUUGAUGCAGUGUCAUGGUGGUUUCACUGAUGGUGAACAGCCAAUCACGUUAAGCAUUUGUGGACAUUCAGUGGAAACUAUCAGAUACUGUGUUUCCCAAGAAAAAGUUAGCAUUCACCUCCCAGUUUCUCGUUUACUUGCAGGUUUACAUGUAUUAUUAAGCAAAAGUGAAGUGGCAUAUAAAUUUCCAGAGCUACUACCUCUAAGUGAACUUAGCCCACCCAUGUUGAUAGAACACCCUCUUAGAUGUCUUGUUUUAUGUGCCCAAGUACAUGCAGGAAUGUGGAGAAGAAAUGGGUUCUCUUUAGUAAACCAGAUUUAUUACUACCAUAAUGUGAAAUGCAGGCGUGAAAUGUUUGACAAGGAUAUAGUAAUGCUUCAGACAGGUGUCUCUAUGAUGGAUCCGAAUCAUUUCCUGAUGAUAAUGCUCAGCCGCUUUGAACUUUAUCAGAUUUUCAGUACUCCAGACUAUGGGAAGAGAUUUAGCUCAGAGAUUACCCAUAAGGAUGUAGUUCAGCAAAAUAAUACUCUAAUAGAAGAAAUGCUAUACCUCAUCAUAAUGCUUGUUGGAGAGAGAUUUAGUCCUGGAGUUGGACAGGUAAACGCUACAGAUGAAAUUAAGCGAGAGAUUAUCCAUCAAUUAAGCAUCAAACCUAUGGCUCAUAGUGAACUGGUGAAGUCUUUACCUGAAGAUGAGAACAAGGAGACUGGCAUGGAGAGCGUAAUUGAAGCAGUUGCGCAUUUCAAAAAACCUGGAUUAACAGGACGAGGCAUGUACGAACUGAAACCAGAGUGCGCCAAAGAGUUCAAUUUGUAUUUCUAUCACUUUUCAAGGGCAGAGCAGUCCAAGGCAGAGGAAGCUCAACGGAAAUUGAAACGACAAAAUAGGGAAGAUACAGCACUUCCACCUCCAGUUCUGCCUCCAUUUUGCCCUCUGUUUGCAAGUCUGGUAAACAUUUUGCAGUCAGACGUGAUGUUGUGCAUCAUGAGGACAAUACUGCAAUGGGCUGUAGAACACAAUGGAUAUGCCUGGUCUGAGUCCAUGCUGCAAAGGGUGUUACAUUUAAUUGGAAUGGCACUUCAGGAAGAAAAACAGCAUUUGGACAGUGUCACAGAAGAGCAUGUAGUAACAUUUACCUUCACUCAGAAGAUAUCAAGAAAGUGGGAGGAAGACAGGAAACUGCCUUUCCCCACUGAAGACUAUGUUGUUAGCCCUAUGGUUUCAGAUACGACACUUACAGCAUUGGGCCCAGCACAAACUCAGGUCCCUGAACAGAGACAGUUUGUUACCUGUAUAUUGUGUCAAGAGGAGCAAGAGGUGAAGGUGGAAAGCAAGGCAAUGGUCCUGGCAGCAUUUGUUCAAAGAUCAACUGUAUUAUCAAAAAACAGGAGUAAAUUCAUUCAGGAUCCAGAAAAAUAUGAUCCAUUAUUCAUGCACCCUGAUCUGUCUUGCGGAACACACACUGGUAGCUGUGGGCACAUUAUGCAUGCCCAUUGUUGGCAAAGGUAUUUUGAUUCCGUUCAAGCUAAAGAACAGCGAAGGCAACAGAGAUUACGCUUACAUACAAGCUAUGAUGUAGAAAACGGAGAAUUCCUCUGUCCCCUUUGUGAGUGUUUGAGUAAUACUGUUAUUCCUCUGCUGCUUCCUCCGAGAAAUAUUUUUAACAGCAGGUUAAAUAUUUCAGACCAACCAAAACUGACUCAGUGGAUUAGAACAAUAUCUCAGCAAAUAAAAGCAUUACAGGUUCUUAGGAAAGAAGAAAGUACUCCUAAUACUGCUUCUUCAAAGAAUUCAGAAAAUCUAGAUGAAUUACAGCUUCCUGAAGGGUUUAGGCCUGAUUUUCAUCCUAAGAACCCCUAUUCUGAGAGCAUAAAAGAAAUGCUAACAACAUUUGGAACUGCUACUUACAAGGUGGGACUGAAGGUUCAUCCCAAUGAGGAGGAUCCCCGUGUGCCCAUAAUGUGUUGGGGUAGUUGUGCAUACACCAUCCAAAGCAUAGAAAGAAUUUUAAGUGAUGAAGAUAAACCAUUAUUUGGUCCUUUGCCUUGCAGACUGGAUGACUGUCUUAGGUCACUAACAAGGUUUGCUGCAGCACAUUGGACAGUGGCAUCACUUUCAGUGGUUCAGAGACACUUUUGUAAACUUUUUGCAUCAUUGGUGCCAGAUGACAGCCAUGGAGACCUUCCAUGCAUAUUAGAUAUCGACAUGUUUCAUUUGUUGGUGGGCUUGGUGCUCGCUUUCCCCGCAUUGCAGUGUCAGGAUUUUUCUGGGAUCGGCCUUGGCACUGGAGACCUUCACAUUUUCCAUCUGGUCACUAUGGCACACAUCGUACAGAUCUUACUUACCUCGUGUACAGAAGAGAAUGGCAUGGAACAAGAAAAUCCUGCCGGUGAAGAAGAAUCAGCAGUUCUUGCUUUGUAUAAAACACUUCACCAGCGCACAGGAAGUGCCUUGAGAGAAACACCGUCUGGCUGGCAUCUGUGGAGGAAUGUCAGAAAUGGAAUCAUGCCAUUCCUGAAGUGUUCUGCUUUGUUUUUUCAUUACUUAAAUGGAGUUCCUUCCCCACCUGAAAUUCAAGUUUCUGGAACAAGCCAUUUUGAACAUUUGUGUAACUACCUUUCCCUGCCAAACAACCUCAUUUGCCUUUUUCAAGAAAACAAUGAGAUAACAAAAUUACUGAUUGAAAGUUGGUGUCAUCACAUUGAAGUUAAAAGAUAUCUAGAAGGUGAAAGAGAUGCUAUAAGCUAUCCAAGAGAAUCCAACAAAUUAAUAGACCUUCCAGAGGAUUACAGCAGCCUCAUUAAUCAAGCAUCUAAUUUCUCGUGCCCCAAAUCAGGUGGUGAUAAGAGCAGAGCCCCCACUCUGUGCCUUGUGUGUGGAACUCUGCUGUGCUCCCAGAGCUACUGCUGUCAGACGGAACUGGAAGGGGAAGACGUGGGAGCCUGCACCGCUCACACCUACUCCUGUGGUUCUGGGGUGGGCAUCUUCCUCAGAGUACGGGAAUGUCAGGUGCUAUUUUUAGCUGGCAAAACCAAAGGCUGUUUUUAUUCUCCUCCUUACCUUGAUGACUAUGGGGAGACUGACCAGGGACUCAGACGGGGAAAUCCUUUACACUUGUGCAAAGAGCGAUUUAAGAAGAUUCAGAAGCUUUGGCACCAACACAGUAUCACGGAGGAAAUUGGACAUGCACAGGAAGCAAAUCAGACACUGGUUGGCAUCGACUGGCAGCAUUUAUAA